AGGAGGAGCCCUGGCACCUGAGCAAGCACAGGAGCAGGGUGGGGGGACUGGCACUGCUGACCUUGGGGGCUGCACAAAGCACAGGAGUAUUUAACCCCCUGCAGAGCCCCUUGAAAGCUUUUCUGAGCUCUGAACCUCAGCGGCUGGGGACACAGGCAGUGUUUUCCUUUCCUUUCGGCAGGGUAUCGAUUUCAGCUGACUCUGGGAGCCGCUAUGACCGAAACAACAGCUUACUCGGGGAGUGGGCUGGUCCUUGUUAAAAACCCACACCUGGACUUGAUGGAGGAGGAUGUCCUGUACCACUUGGACUUGGGAACGAAGACGCACGACCUGCCAGCAAUGUUUGGGGACAUCAAGUUCGUGUGCGUGGGCGGCAGCCCGAAGAGGAUGCGGGCGUUCGCGCAGUUCAUGCAGCGGGAGCUGGGGCUGCCGGGAGCCGGGGAGGACGUGGCUGACAUCUGUGCGGGCUCGGACCGCUACGCCAUGUACCGGGCAGGGCCCGUGCUGUCCGUCAGCCACGGAAUGGGCAUCCCUUCCAUUUCCAUUAUGCUCCAUGAGCUGAUCAAACUGCUGCACCAUGCUAAAUGCCAGGACGUUACCAUCAUUCGCAUCGGAACUUCUGGGGGCUUAGGGAUCGAGGCUGGCUCUGUUGUGAUCACUGACACGGCCGUGGACUCGUGCUUCCAGCCACGCUUCGAGCAGGUGGUGCUGGGCGAUGUGGUGGUGCGCAGCACCGAGCUGGACAAGGGCCUUGCAGAGGAACUGCUGGCCUGCAGCAGGGACCUUCCCGACUUCCCCACGCUCAUUGGCCAUACCAUGUGCACCUACGACUUCUACGAAGGUCAGGGGAGAUUAGACGGUGCAUUAUGCUCUUUUUCCAGUGAAAAAAAGUUGCAGUACUUAAGGAGAGCUUAUGAUGCUGGUGUGAGGAAUAUUGAGAUGGAGUCCACAGCCUUCGCUGCCCUGUGUGGCCUGUGUGGUCUCAAAGCCGCCGUGGUGUGCGUGGCGCUCCUGGACCGGCUGGAGGGGGACCAGAUCCGGGCAUCCCACGAGGUGCUGUGGGAGUACCAGCAGCGGCCACAGCGCCUGAUCGCCGCCUUCAUCCGCAAGCGCCUGGGCCUGCGCCCCAUGGACUGAUGGUGACAGCCCCAGGCACACGGAGCCUGCCCCGUGGACAGCUCCAGGAACCGGGACCAGGACAGCACCAGGAACCAGGACAGCGCCAGGAGCUGGUACUGAGACAGUGCUGGGCCCGCAGAGUGCGGAGUGGCCAGAGCCACCAGGAGCUCCCACAGCCACCAGACACCAGGAGCUCCCAGAGCCACUGGACACUGGGAGCUCCCACAGCCACUGGACACCAGGAGCUCCCAGAGCCACUGGACACCGGGAGCUCCCCGAGCCAGUGGACACAGCAGACACCGGGAGCUGCUGGCCUGCAGCGCCGCUGGAGCCGCACCAAGGAGAUGUGCGCUGACAAGGAAUCAAGGCUGCGGAAUAGAGCCGCAGGUUUCUCACUCCUGGCUCCAGCCCCAGUGAAGGACUGUCCUGUUAGGGUCACUCCUGUCCACAGCUAUCUUCCAGGAAGGACAUCCCUUUGCUUUGGGCAUAAAGACAAAACCUAAAUAAAUGACGUGAAAAUUAA